AUGGCGCCUAAUGAGAAUGCUAUAAGGGCAGGGCGACGCCCAUCAGCGGACAAUGUCGAGGGUGACAUUAUGACAUUCUCAGAACUCGAUUUCGCUCGGCUCGGACUCGCACCGGAAGCCAUUUCGAAGACAACACCCGUCACACAGAACGAAAGCCUGCCCAGGAACCAUUUCCUUCCCCUUCAAUGCCUUCACUACGGAGAGUCGACCCCCGAGUACUCAACAAAUCAAGGACUAUUUUCUGGUCCAUUCCCCAGUUGCCUUGAUGCAACAAGACAGAAUAUUGCCCUGUCCAUGAUAGAUCCUAACCUUACCUAUGAUCCUUGCUGGCAAGCCCCCCCAUUCCCACCUCAGCCAAGUUUAGCCCAGAAUCCUCCGUCGCAGGCCAUUCCGGGCACUCGAAACCAAGCCUCAGCGUUGCAGACGUCCAGUCAGGGCACUUCCCCGUCGGGAAGCUAUCACUACUCCCCAGUGGCCGAAAACCAACAACCUGGCCUUCCAAGGCGACGAAGCCGGUACUUCCGCAGCCAACAUCAACCAAACCUCUCACAGGCAAUAGACAUCCCAGGCUCAGCACCGAUAGACGUUGCGCUAGAUCCCAUGCAGCGCUGGCGAAACUCACCACCAGAGACUGAACCAGCCUCCCUAUCCGCCAUCGCUGACGCGAUGAGACAAACACCGCUUCGAACCCGCUCCUCAACCGGCAGUCUCACUAGCCAGCGCAUAGGCAACCGAGCCGGUUCAACCGUCAGCUUCGGUAGCGGCACGAGCUGUUCCUCAACUUCCAAUGCCUCAGCCAUCUCAGCAACAUUUCGAAGCACAUCCGAGCACUCGCGCAGUCGCGUGGAGAAAAGGACUCGACCAAGAGUUACAGGAGGGAAAAACAAGCACAAGGACAGACGGAAGUUCCCGUGCACAUUCUGCUGCGACUCUUUCAAGAGCAAGUAUGAUUGGGCGAGACAUGAGAAAUCGCUGCACCUGAAUUUACAGGGUUGGCGAUGUGCGCCCUUUGGUGGGAUGGUGAUAUCUUCUGAAACGGGGAGAGCCCAUUGUGCGUACUGUAGCUUGCUCGAUCCUAAUGCUGAGCAUCUAGAUUCUCAUGAUCACGAUACUUGCCAAAACCAGGGACGUCCUAUUUUCAGCCGCAAAGACCAUCUUAUUCAGCAUCUACGACUCGUACAUCACGUCGAGGCAUUGCCCCUUAUUGAAUCGUGGAAAGACGAAGGGCCGCCAGUGUCGUCGAGGUGCGGGUUCUGUAAUAUCCAGAUGCAGGCAUGGCAAGAACGUGUUGAUCAUCUCGCCAAGCACUUUCGUAAAGGCGCGACUAUGGAUGAUUGGAAAGGAGAGCAUUGUUUCGAGUCAUCAAUUGCUGCCAAGGUCACACAUGCAAUGCCACCAUAUCUCAUCGGUUCCGAGUCAAGAGCUCUGAUUCCAUUCUCGGCCAAUAGCCACGGUACAAAGGACCACCUGUCGCAGAUCCAACACGCGUCGGAACAAACUCGGCACACAUGGAACGACGGACGCAUGGCGACGCCAACAAGUGGCUCGGAGCUGUCGCCUGAAUCGACCACACAGCCAAGAUCUCUGGGUACCGUCAACGAGGAUACCAGCAACAUGACCUUCCCCGAGGUUUUGGCGCUGCAUCUAGGGCGCUAUGCACAGGAGCAGAUGAGACUCGGUAUCAUCCCGACGGAUAGGAUGUUUCAAGAUGAAGCUAGACGGAUCAUGUUUGACUCUGUUGAUCCUUGGGACCAAACCAUUGCUGAUAACGAAGAUUGGCUUUCGCUGUUUCGCAACCGAUAUAUCAAGGAUAUAUCGGGCAGUCAGGAGGAUUCAAUCUGAUAUUUUAG